CGUGGCCCAUUCACUCCACAGCCGGUCGCUCGCUCGCCCUCACACACAAAUAAUUCGACUUUUAAACCACUUUGAGCCAAAAAUAAAACACGUAAAAAAAUUCCCAGCGUCGCCUCGGAUAAAUUAGCGACUGAUAGGGGGGGGAAGGGGGGUUGAAUUUUAAGAUCAAACUGAAAAUGAAUAGUGUGUUAUUUACCUCCCCCACCCCAACCCCCAACUGUUUGUUGAUAUGUUCCCGGUCGCAGUCGGGGUAGACUGUUGGAAAUGAAGGGUUCACAGAGAUCUUUAGUGGUCGGAUGAGAUACAGUUUUGGUGUCGAACACCCCUCUCCUAUAGUCGAGCCCGGCCGUAAUUUAUUUCGGAAAUUAACAAGAGGCAGGAGGAAAUUGAUGCGCCGAACGGUGCCGUGAGGCAAGGCGCAAUUCUUGGGAGACGGCCCUAUGCGGGUCUUGGAUCUGAUCCAAGCUGUAUUUUAGCACAAGAAGACUAUUUUCUCCGUCCCUUCUUUCUACCUCGGCGUGACGUUAGCAGGGAAGGGUAUCAAGGACGGUGUCGUCCAGUUAGUUGCACAUCUCUAUCUGAGGCUCUGUCGCUUUCAUCUGUCGCUUUCAUCUUCGGCACUGUGCUCGCACCAAGAACUUGGGAGUGAUGGAGGAACUGCAAGAUGUACAGUUGACCGAGAUUAAGCCACUUCUGACAGAUGGGAAUUCUGCAAGAAAUUUCCAGGAUUUUGACUGUCAGGAACAUGACAUUGAAACCGCGCACGGGGUGCUCCACGUGACCAUGCGCGGAACUCCGAAGGGGAACAGACCCGUCAUCCUGACCUACCACGACAUUGGUCUCAAUCAUAAAUCUUGCUUCAACACAUUGUUUAACUAUGAGGACAUGCAUGAGAUCACGCACUACUUUGCCGUCUGCCACGUUGAUGCCCCUGGACACCAGGAAGCGGCUCCACCUUUCCCAACAGGGUACCAGUACCCAACCAUGGAUGAGCUGGCUGAGAUGCUGACUGCAGUUCUAACCCACUUAAACAUCCAAAGUGUGAUUGGAAUUGGAGUUGGGGCUGGGGCCUACAUCCUUACCAGAUUUGCGCUGAAUCACCAAAAUCUCGUUGAGGGACUUGUCCUGAUCAACAUUGACCCUUGCGCUAAAGGCUGGAUGGACUGGGCUGCAUCAAAGCUCACGGGAUGGACCACCAACUUGGAUGACAUUGUGCUGGGUCAUCACUUCAGCAGCGACGAGCUGGAAAAUAACCUGGAGCUGAUCCAGACCUAUCGACUCCACAUCGCCCAGGAUAUCAACCAGGAAAACCUGCAUCUCUUCGUCAACGCAUACAACAGUCGCAGAGACCUGGAAAUUGAAAGACCAAUUAUUGGUAUUAAUGAAACCACGGUUAAAACGCUGCAGUGCUCUGCCUUGUUGGUUGUUGGUGACACCUCUCCCGCCGUGGAUGCUGUGGUCGAGUGUAAUUCCAGGCUAAACCCAACAAACACGACACUACUGAAGAUGGCAGAUUGCGGAGGUCUACCACAGGUUGUCCAGCCUGGCAAGCUGACCGAAGCCUUCAAAUACUUUGUGCAGGGAAUGGGCUACAUGCCAGCAGUCACCAUGACCAGGCUAGCCCGGGCCAGGACCGCUUCCGUAUCGAGCGUGGGAUCCGGCGACAUCGCUCGCAACCAGUCUCCCGCCGUCAGCCAAGCCGAUGCCAUCAGGAACAGAGAAACAAACCAAGGUGCCGCUCAGACCAUGAAGGUCUCCUGCUAAAGCAGCAUUGUCAUCCUCUUAUUUAUAUUUUUCCUUUGCCCUCUUUCUUGAUUUAAGAAAUUCCCUGUCGACAUGGCUGAGCCUUCAGUGCAGAAUCUCAACAGUAGAGAGCAAGGUUCUUGUUUAACUGUCGCGGUAGUGCAUGCUGGCACCUCGGUUGUAGCUUUCGUCUAUGGUUGAUGUUUGUGUUUUGUUUCUAUUGCUAUAUUUUCACCCAAGUAGUGAAUGCACACUUAUUUUCCAGCAUUCUCUGAGUUAGCCACGAUUCAUAAGUUCAUAAAUUAGAGGAGCGGAAUUUGGCCAUUCGGCCCAUCAAGUCUACUCCGCCAUUCAAUCACAGCUUAUCUAUCUUUCACUCUCAACCCCAUUCUCCUGUCUUCUCCCUGUAAUGCCUGACCCCAUACUAAUCAAGGACCUAUCAAUCUCCACCUUAAAAAUAUCCAUUGACUUGGCCUCCACAGCCUUCUGAAUUCCACAGAUUCACCACCCUCUGACUAAAGAAAUUCCUCCUCGCCUUUCUAAAGAUGCGUCCUUAUAUUCUGAGGCUAUGGCCGCUGCCCCUAGACUAGUGGAAAUAUCCUCUCCACAUCCACUCUAUCCAUUCCGGUAAGUUUCAAUGAGGUGACCGCUCAUCCUUGAUUUGUUUAUUCCCACUGGAUUUAAAGGGCAGUGCCAGAAUUUCCUUGCUAUUCACUGUAAAGCUUCUCAAUAGACAGACGCUGAAAUCUAUAAUUCUGCAUAGUUUUUCAGAAUACAGUUUUUUGGGGGGGUUUUUUGCAACCUCACGCUCUGUUACAUAUGGGCUAAAAUAGGUGGUGCUUAUAGAUACAGAGAUGGGUUCCUGCUCGUGAUUUUUGGGUUAAUGUCACAGUUAAAUCUUCAGUACGUGGAGAUUUGACGGUGGGGGGGGGGUUUAGUUCAGUGAUACAACGUAGAAACGGGUCCUUCGGCCCACCGAGUCCGCGCCGAUCAGCGAUCUCCGUACACCAACACUAUCUUACACACUAGGGACAAUUUUAACCAAAGCCGAUUAGCCUACAAACCUGGACUUCUGCAGAGUGUGGGAGGAAACCGGAACUCCCAGAGAAAACCCACGCGGUCACGUGGAGAACAUACAAACUGUGUGCAAGCAGCGACCGUAGUCAGGGUCGCACCUAGGUCCCUGGCGAUGUAAGGCAGCAACUCUACCGCUGCUCCACCCUACCGUAUACUUUGUGGGUUUGAUUAUUUAAUUCCAAAGAUGUGCUCAAAUAACCGAACCGGGUCUUUCAACCUCGUUAACUCUACCCAUAACCCACGCCAAUUAUCCUGAUACUCAUGGCCAGUUCAAACUUGAGCAUCGCUGACACAAAGCUAACAGGCUUGGUGUCCAUUUUGAAGAUUCAAGGUGAUCUCAGCAAGUGCUGAAGCUUCGAUUACUUUUUAUUUAACCAGCUCUACCGUUGCUUUCCCCCACCCGCGACCCAUGGACUGGGCAGUCAUUGGGAAUACGUCACGUUGCAGGACCUCCUUAAUGUUUGGAGCUGCGCCUCUCCCAUAUAACGAAGGUUAUUGGGCAAUAUGUGUCUGGGUCUUUUGUCACCAAGGUAAGACGCAGAGUUCUGGAGUAACUCAGCAGGUCGAUCAGCUUCUCUGGAGGGAAUGGAUGGGUGACGUUUCAGGUUAUAACCCUACUUCAGAGCCAGUAUCUCUGGAGAACAUGGAUGAGCAACGUUUCAAUUAGGGGCCCCUCUUCAGAGCUUGAAGAAGGGUCCCGAUUCAAUGUUGCCACCCAUGUUCUCCAGAGACAUUGGUUGACCCACUGAGAACCCAGUACAUUGUGUCCUUUUUUUUGCAUCUGCAACUCCUUGUAUCGCUGUUUUCUCUCCAGGAUUUGAGUCCAGUUAUCCACCCAAAUCAGUAACGUGAGUGAGAUGCCACUGAGGGGUGAGAGGAACAUACUUUUUUGCAACUGUUUUAAGUUUUUCCCCAAAACCUGUUCAGCAUUUACUUAAAUCCCAACAUCCAUAUCAAAAAUGGAACUGCAGAUGCCUGUUUCCACAAAAGGACUCAAAGUGCUGGAGUAACUCAGCGGGUCAGGCAGCAUGUCUGGAGAACGUGGGUAGAUGGCGUUUCGGGUUGGGACCCGGAAUAAGGAUCGGGACUCAAAACACCACCUAUCCAUGUUAUCUAGAGAUGCUAUCUGACUGGCUGAGUUACUCCAACUCUUAGUGACUUUUCCAGGGUGGGAAUUCCUAUUAAAUGUUAACUCUCCUCUCGAUUUCGGUGGUGGAAGAGGUGCACUACGGGUGCUGUCUGCACAGAGUUUUACGUUCUCCCGGUGACCGCGUGGGUUUUCUCUGGAUGCCUCGGUUUCCUCCCACACUCCAAAGAUGUACAGGUUUGUAGGUUAAUUGGCUUUGGUGAAAACUGUAUAUUGUCCCCGGUGUGGGGUGAUCGUUGGUCGGCACGGACUGGAUGGGCCGAAGGGCCUGUUUCCACGCUGUAUCUGUAAAGUCUGAAGGUUUGAGCUUGAGCAGUUUUGUUUCCUUUCUGUCAUUGGGCACAGGGUGAAAGAAGGCCGGCUGAUGUGACUCUAACGCCCUCACCCUGUGACCCAGCUCUGCAUCCAUCCCUUCUGCAUCUUUUGUUCUCCACAAGACUGGAGCACCACCAGCUUAAAAAAUAUUUUUCAAUAAAAUGCUACACAAAACAAGAGGAUACAGAUACAAAAGCUGUUUGUGUGAGCUUGUGGCAUCAGUGUGUAGGUUUGUUGUGAUAAAAUCCCCGGCACCUGACUCUCGCGCUGUCUUUAAUCAUCUAGAGAGGAACUAAACUGAUGUGGAAAUAAAACUCGUUCUUGCUUACGGUUUGAAACUGGUUGCUGGAGUUUCUGGCUCCAGAUGUUUGUGUUUUUUUGCAGCUGGAGUUCAUUUAAAGCAUUUAUUAAAAUUUGAAUGUGUUGUGUACAAA